UUUCCCACAGAAAGGAUGGCCACCAAAAGAAAGACGGAAAGCCUUACAGAGUCUUACAGAAUCCCCAUUGAGGAAAGCGAUGAACUCAUCAUUACGCCAUUGGGUGCAGGGCAAGAGGUGGGCCGGUCAUGUCACCUUCUGGAGUUCAAAGGAAAGAAAAUUAUGCUGGACUGUGGUAUACAUCCUGGACUGAAUGGCAUGGCCUCCCUUCCUUUCUUAGAUCUGGUGGAUGUGGAAGAGAUUGAUCUACUGUUGAUGAGUCAUUUCCAUCUCGAUCAUUGUGGUGCUUUACCUUUCUUUUUGGAGAAAACAGAAUUCAAAGGCCGCUGCUUUAUGACACAUGCCACCAAAGCUAUAUUUAGAUGGCUACUAUCAGAUUACGUAAAAGUCAGUAAUAAUACUGAGGUAAAUUCUGUUGUUUAUUGUUGAAAUCCAAUACAGCUGUUAUCUGUUAUCAAUGGUUUUAUCACCAAAACAUGUUUAUUUUUUUGUUUCCAGGAAGUGGAAAUUAACGGAAUAAAAUUUUGGUGCUACACUGCAGGUCAUGUGUUAGGGGCAGCUAUGUUUAUGAUAGAGAUUGCAGGUGUAAAGAUAUUGUAUACUGGAGACUUUUCCCGACAAGAAGACAGACAUUUAAUGGCAGCAGAAAUUCCAAAUGUUCAUCCAGAUGUAGUGAUUAUUGAAUCCACAUAUGGAACACACAUUCACGAAAAGAGGGAGGACAGGGAGGCAAGGUUUACAGGACUGGUCCAUGAUAUUGUAAGCAGGGGAGGUAGAUGUCUCAUCCCUGUGUUUGCGUUGGGUCGAGCCCAGGAGUUGCUGCUCAUUCUAGAUGAGUACUGGAGUAAUCACCCAGAGCUACACGACAUCCCUAUUUACUAUGCCUCGUCCCUCGCCAAGAAAUGUAUGAGUGUUUACCAGACAUACAUCAACGCCAUGAACGAAAAAAUCCGUCGACAAAUCACCAUCAGCAACCCAUUUGUCUUCAAACACAUAUCUAAUCUCAAGAGCAUGGAGCAUUUUGAGGACAUUGGUCCGUCUGUAGUGCUGGCCAGUCCUGGUAUGAUGCAGAGUGGACUUUCGCGGGAACUGUUUGAGAACUGGUGUACAGAUAAACGUAACGGCUGUAUUAUCGCUGGCUACUGUGUGGAGGGUACUCUGGCUAAGCACAUUUUAUCGGAGCCUGAUGAGAUCGUGACGAUGGCAGGGCAGAAGUUACCAAUGAAGUGUUCAGUAGAUUACAUAUCCUUCUCAGCUCAUACAGACUACCAACAGACCAGCGAGUUCCUGCGGGCACUCAAACCGCCACAUGUGAUACUUGUCCAUGGAGAACAGAAUGAGAUGUCACGUUUAAAGGCUGCACUGAUCCGAGAGUACGAGGAUGACACGGAGUACCAGAUGCAGGUUCACAAUCCACGUAAUACAGUCCCUGUUACCCUCCACUUCCGGGGGGAGAAGAUGGCCAAGGUUGUCGGAAAGUUGGCCGCAGAAAAACCUAGCAAGGACCAGAAGGUGACGGGGAUUCUAGUGAAACGAAACUUUAACUACCACAUCAUGCAUCCAAGUGAUCUGUCAAGCUACACCGACCUGGCGAUGGCCACAGUGACACAGAGAUUGAGUAUAGCAUACACUGGGACCAUCAACUUGCUGCGGUACUACCUCAAUCAGUUGUCUGGAGACGUGGAACAGUACAUGGCCAACGACAAACCCGCCUUAAAGAUUUUCAAGGUCGUCACUGUACUGGUGGAACCAAAGAUGGCUGUUGUUGAGUGGGUUGCUAACCCAGUGACAGACAUGUAUGCUGAUGCUGUUGUUACUGUCGUACUCCGAGCAGAGACGGACCCAAUGCCACAUAAGUAUGUACCACCAGCACUGAAAGUGGACCGUGGCCACAUCACAGAAUGUCUGAUCGAGAUGUUCACAGACAUGUUUGGAACAGAGAGUGUUGGAAAGUUCAUAAAGGGAGACAAGAUGACAAUCACGAUAGACGAUAAUACCGCCAUCAUCAACAUAGACACAUUGGAUGUGAAAUGUGAGGAUGAAUCUCUACAACAAGUUGUACAGACGAGUGUGUCCAAGUUAAUGCUGGCCAUCUCUCCGGUCAAACAGCCUGCUCACUGACAGCUACAAUAGACUACAGUGUACAGUGGAGCCUCUGUAGUACGGAUGUCUGACAGCUACACUAGACUACAGUGUACAGUGGAGCCUCUGUAGUACGGACGUCUGACAGCUACAAUAGACUAGUGUACAGUGGAGCCUCUGUAGUACGGACAUCUGACAGCUACAAUAGACUACAGUGUACAGUGGAGCCUCUGUAGUACGGACAUCUGACAGCUACAAAAGACUACAGUGUGCUGUGGAACCUCUGUAGUACAGACAUCUGACAGCUACAAUAGACUGCAGUAUACAGUGGAGCCUCUGUAGUACAGAUGUCUGACAGCUACAAUAGACUGCAGUGUGCUGUGGAACCUCUGUAGUAUGGACAUCUGACAGCUACAAUAGACAACAGUGUACAGUGGAGCCUCUGUAGUAUGGACAUCUGACAGCUGCAAUAGACUACAGUGUGCUGUGGAACCUCUGUAGUACGGACAUCUGACAGCUACAAUAGACUACAGUGUGCUGUGGAACCUCUGUAGUACAGAUGUCUGACAGCUACAAUAGACUGCAGUGUGCUGUGGAACCUCUGUAGUCAGACAUCUGACAGCUACAAUAGACAACAGUGUGCUGUGGAACCUCUGUAGUACGGUCGUUUGACAGCUACAAUAGACUUCAGACCAGUGGAGAGGGGAAUCUUCUAAAUACAAACUACUUACAGCUACCCUACACUAUAGACGUUGUGUACAGUAGAACUUCAGUCUGGAUAACAAUAGACUACAGUGUACAGUGGAGCCUCUGUAGUAUGAAAUUCUUACAGCUACCGAUGACUACAGACUGUUCACAGGGGCCUUUUUUUUUCAAAAAUACUCAGGAUAAAAAUUUUCCCGACUGACAAAUUUGGAACAUUGUUAGCUGUUCCUGAAUUAUUCAAAAUGUUGGAGUCAACAUUUGCGACGGUCCACUAAUUGAAGAUCCACUCUACAUUAAUACUUAAGAUAAACAUACAGAGAAAAAUGUACUUGAUAGGUUAGAUCUGAGUUAGAUCUGAGAGCUGAUUCAAGGUUUAAAUAUCAGAUGCAUCGCUGAUACAAAAUUUAAAUGUAUCAGUCUAGGCAAGAAAACCAGUUUGAUCUUAGUUCAGCUAAAGUCUAAUUAUUUAUAAAAAUAGUGCCUCUAAUAGAGUGUCUGUUGGUAGUUAUACCACGGCCUGUUAAUAUCCUACACAUUCCUCCGGUAGCGUACAAAUACAAGGUAAAAGAGGAUAUAGCUGAAGCAUUUUUUUCCGUUUCAUAUUUCAAAUGAUUUAAUUCAAAAUUUGAAAAUAUUUGGUGUAUAUACUCGACUACUGUAUAUAAGUUAGUAACUGUUGGCCGAUGUGAAGAAAAGUGCUGAGGUGUGGAUUGAAACCCCCUGUUCAGGUGUACAUACAAGUUUGUGUGUUCCUUUUACAGUGAAAAUCAAUGUGUUGACAAAUCUUAUUUAAGAUAACAUUAUAUCAGAAUGUCCAACAGUCUCUUAACUAUUUUUAAAACAAGAGUGUUUUCAAAUGAAAAAUAAUGCAUGCAUUGUUAGCUCACCAGGUCCGAAGGACCAAGGUGAGCUUAUGCCAUACUGUGGCGUCCGUCCGUCAACAUUUUCUUUAAACGAUCAUA